AUGGGUAGAGGUCCACAGAAACACUUGAAGAGAUUAGCAGCUCCAUCCCACUGGAUGUUGGACAAAUUGUCCGGUACUUACGCCCCAAGACCAUCUGCUGGUCCACACAAAUUGAGAGAAUCCUUACCAUUGGUUGUUUUCUUAAGAAACAGAUUGAAGUAUGCUUUAAACGGUAGAGAAGUUAAAGCUAUUUUAAUGCAAGAACACGUUAAAGUUGAUGGUAAAGUUAGAACUGAUGCCACUUUCCCAGCUGGUUUCAUGGAUGUCAUCACUUUAGAAGCUACCAACGAACACUUCAGAUUAGUCUACGAUGUCAAAGGUAGAUUCGCUGUUCACAGAAUUACCGCUGAAGAAGCUUCUUACAAAUUAGGUAAAGUUAAGAAAGUUGCUUUAGGUAAAAGAGGUAUUCCAUACAUUGUUACCCACGACGGUAGAACUAUCAGAUACCCAGAUCCAGUUAUCAGAGCUAACGAUACCGUUAAAAUUGACUUAGCUACUGGUAAAGUUACCGAUGUCUUAAAAUUCGAUACCGGUAAAUUAGCUAUGGUUACUGGUGGUCGUAACUUGGGUAGAGUUGGUGUUAUCACCCACAGAGAAAAACACGAAGGGGGUUUCGAUUUAGUCCACAUCAAAGAUUCUUUGGAAAACACUUUCGUCACUAGAUUAGGUAACGUUUUCAUCAUUGGUAACGAAGCCGCUAGACCACACGUUUCUUUACCAAAGGGUAAGGGUGUUAAAUUAUCCAUCUCUGAAGAACGUGACAGAAGAAGAGCUCAACAAGGUUUAUAA